AUGCCUGCGUGCGCACAUCCAGGCGUGCCAGUCCCUGAGGAGGCGCAGUACGACGACUUUGUGCGCAUCUCGAAGGAGAUCAUGCGCGGCCGCAGCGCGGUGAAGCAGCGCGAGGUCGUGCGGGAGGUGCUGCGGUCGCUGAUGCCGCGAGAGGCGCCUGGCGCUUUCAGGCGGCUGUUCCCCCCGACCCAGUGGUCUGCUGAGUUCAACGCGCUCAUAGCCAGCGUGGCCUUCUUCUGGCUCGUGGGCGAGAGCGAGCUGCGGGAGGCGGACGUGCAGGUGGCGGAGGACAAGGUGCGGCGGCAGAAGAGCCUGGUCUACAUCAAAAAGUGCCGCUACCUGGAGGCCAGCGGAUGCGUCGGGAUGUGCACCAACAUGUGCAAGGUCCCAACCCAGGCCUACUUCACGGAGGAAUUUGGGCUGCCCCUCACCAUGAAACCCAAUUUUGAGGAUCUGUCAUGCGAGAUGAUCUUUGGCCAGGCGCCGCCGCCGCUAGAGCAGGAUCCCGUCUACACACAGCCCUGCUUUGUGCCACAGUGCAGCCUCGCAAAACAACUGGAGACGUGUCCCAAGGUUGACACUGAGCGUCCCAAUGUGACGCCGGGGGCCGAAGCUCCGUCGCCUGGCGUUGCAGCGGCUGGAGGCGCACCCGCCCCACCUGCUCCCGCAGUGGCCGGCAGCGGUCAUGACGUCAACCUGACGCUGCAGCCGACGGGCGUGGCACUGACAUUGGAUGAGGCGCUGUCCCUGGGCGUGAGCGACCGCUGCAUCGCCAGCGGCGCGCGCCUGUUCGGCGGCUGCAGCGUGGAGAUCGCCCAGGCGCAGCGCGCCUUCAACCUGCGGGGCGACGUGCUCACCGGGUGA